AUGCUGCGGCAUCACCAAAUUAAAUACCGGUGGGGACCAGGCCACAUUUUACAUGUUACCGCCGGGGAAACAUCACAAGUUAUCCAUGACCUACAAGAGGCCACGAGGGCCCUCGGCAAACUCAACCUCCCCCUGGACUCACUUACAUCAACCGGGACAACAUCUGGGCCCAAGCACUCCUUCAGUAGAGAUGCAGCCAGAGCCCCAGAGUUCGUGCCACUACGUCCUCCCGCGGAAUCCUACGCAGCGGCUACGACCUGA